AUGUCCUUGUCUCACUACCACAGCCUACACGUGCGCACCCCUCGUGUUGCACCCCCCUCUCAAGACGAUGAUUUGGGACAAUCACUGCACUACGGAUUUCACUACAUCGACUCGACAGAGCUCAAGGCAACCCUUGGGCUUGACCAUAUAGACGACGACCGCUCCGAUAGGCACACAUUUUCUUCACCACUGCUCGACCCCAGGCCCAACACAAAGGACAACAUCCCUCUUGACGUGAGACCAGCCGACGCAGACGAGGACCUCGCCCACGCCAUUAGGUCCUGGCAUCUUGCAGACCAGGUCUUCGGUGAGUUGCUGCAGCAAGACAGUUUCCCGUUCUUGUUUGAUCAACAGACGGCUCGAAACGACAUAACCGAACACGUCUGGAAGGAGGCUUGCGAAUACAUUGAUAGCAAUACCAAAAUACUCAAAUUCUUCUUAUUCACAUACGACCCUGAUAGACGUGAACUCACCAUUAUGGCACCGCUCGCCCUCCACAAAUUGGUUGCCAGAGCCAACUACAGAGCUGAGCUCGACACACACCGCAUUCACCCAGAGAUGUUCAAGUGUCACAUCACCCUCGUUUCAAUUCACAAGACUUCAGCAUUCAUUCCGUGUUUUCGGUGCACGGGGGACGGUGUCCUGGGUAGUGAGGAGAGUGGGGAUGACAGGGCGAGGCUGCCUGUAUAUGUGGGGAUUGCGUGGGUGGCUGCGACUGUGAGGGAUGAUUUGCCCAUGGGCAACACCAGGUAUAACAGUAUAGGGGACGGCCAGAUUGAUUUGGUGACUCCCACUUCCGCUGUUCUGAGAGAGGAAGUGUUGUCGGAAUUUCACCUGCACUUGUCACCGCAAAUACUGUCCACAGUGACAAUGUUCCUCACAGAAGAGGAAUGUACCUGUUUGGUAGAGUUGCUGAGCCGUACACCUGAUCUCAGCCACGUGUUGAGGAUGUUGCUGGCAAGGCUAGAGGGUAUUGAUAUUCCAAGUCCUGCAGACCUCGCCAGCGCCAGCCAAAUCACUGAUGACUUGGAUGGCAUGUGCGCCACUAGCAACAGCGGUGGCACCGCGCCGGAUGCACAGUGCAUCAUUCAAUCUGAACAUAACAGUGUUCACGAAGUAUGUAGUGACAAUGUCGCCAAAGGCAUUGGUGAGACAACGAUGCCUGACACAUCAACCGUCUACGCCCGCAAGACAAGGUCCCAAGUCCAACCACAACAGGAUAAUUCUCAAGGGAAUACAACUGGUACUCAGGGUGUCAUUGACUCUGAUACGAAUGCGCCCCAGCUGGGCAGGCUGCCAAUAUGGGACAGCCCGAAAAUCGACUACCGCCCUGUCUGCGCGGGGGCAUCAACUUCUCAAAUAUUCCACCAUAAUGAAGCCUUGGACUUUGCAGUGAUGGUGAGACUGAUGCAAUUGGGGUGCAAGAUUAGUAGCCUUCGUCGCUGUAAGCCCCAACCAACUCUCAAAGCCAUCUGGACGUCACAGCUGCAAGCGAACACCAGGAGAACCAUCUCACAAAGAACAUUCAAGAAUUGGAAUGCAAUGGGCUGUAAAUUUGCUUGGCUAGCCGGUGGUGGCACGGUGUACGUCCUGGUUCUGGUUGUUAUGAGGAACCUCAGAACGACCAUAGGGACAAUGGACGGUCAUACUGCCAACUAUAUAGGGAACAUCUUGAGAUGGCCAGACGCAUUAAGCACGGACACCGUCGGGUGUGGUCUCACGGUGUCCCUCAAGUCUGACUUAUCUGAUACUCACCCGCGGGGGGCAGAUGACACCACCGCCAAGAAUAUGGCCGUGGCGCCCAAGACCGCUCGAGUUCCCAGUAACACGUCAGCCUCGAAGUCCAAAACCAAGUGGGGCAAGAAGUGUGAUCGAGGGACUGAUGAUGAAGCAGAACACGUUGACGAGCGAGGCUUCAGCAAGAAGGAUGUAGAACUUCUGAAGCAGCUGGAACACAGAAAGUGUCAAGCCGACAAGCAGAAGGAAGUGCAGGUCAAGAUACAGCGCGAUAUGGCUGCGAUGACGGCUGAAGAGCAGGAAGAUGAUGAAGAUGCGCAGGAGGAGAGGCCUAAACACAAGAGGUCCAGGAAGGUUGUGGGGUCAGAGGAUGAUGAAGAACAGAGCAGCACAGAGCGAGAGGUGAUGGACAAUGCAGUGGCAGGCACUGGCAGCAGAGGAUGA